AUGGAAAAUCAGUCCUUCAGUGAGGAUGUCCUGAUCCUGGAGGGGUUAAAGGUCAGCCCUCAGUUCUCUGUUCCAGCCUUCGUCCUCCUCCUUCUUGUCUACAUCUUCAUUGUGGUGUCCAACAUGGGCCUGGUGGUGUUGAUCUUCAGGAACAGGAGCCUCCAUCAGCCCAUGUACCUGCUCUUCUGCAACAUGAGCAUCAACGACGUCUUUGGGGCCACUAUCAUUGUCCCUCAUGUGCUCAGGGAUCUGUUAGCGUCGGAGCGCUACAUUUAUUACAUCGACUGUGCCCUCCAGGCCUUUUGUGUUCACCUCCACGCAAGCGUCUCCCACACCGUCCUCAUGAUCAUGGCGUUCGAUCGCUACGCCGCCAUCUGCAACCCGCUGCGUUACGCCUCCAUCAUGACCACCCGGAUGGUGGUAAAUCUAACGGCGGCGGCAUGGGGGACGGCCUUGGUGUUGGUGGGGAUCCUGGUGGGCCUCAGCGUCCGCCUGUCCCGCUGCAGGCGGCUUGUUUUUAACUUAUUCUGUGACAACGCCUCCCUGUUCAGCCUGUCCUGUGAGAGCGUCCUCAUCAACAACAUCUACGGCCUCGGCUACACCGUGGUGCUGCUCGGCUCGUCCCUCGGCAGCGUCGUGCUCACCUACCUGAGGAUCGCCAUGGUGUGUCUGAGCAGCCGGAACAAAGCUCUGAACAGCAAAGCACUGCAGACCUGCGCCACCCAUCUGGCUGUGUACGUCAUCCUGGUGGUGUCAGCCUUCCUCAUCGUCAUCAUGCACCGUUUCCCUCAGCUGUCCAACCACAGGAAGGUAGCAGCAGUCCUGGGUCAUGUGGCCCUGCCGGCCCUCAAUGCUAUUAUCUACGGACUGCAAAUUAAAGAGGUCAGGCAGAAGAUUACAGCUUUCUGGGAGGCUAGGAAGCUAGAAAGUUACAGAAUGACCAAACUCUGUCCUCCAGAGUCUGAACUUCAGAAUCGAAACUGUCAAGUCUACAGAGUGUGAAUUUAAAUCUGUUUUUUUGGAUUCCACAGGAAGUGAAAUAGCUGC